AAAAGGAAAAAAAGAAAAAAAAAAGAGGCGGAGCUGUGGAGGAAGCUAAAGUAAAAGGUGAGGAGGGGAGAAGGUUCUUGACCCAUCAGGAGCGAAGAAACCGAACGGAAACCCUUCAUUCUAUCAAUUCGAUUUUGGUUUGGAUUGGAUUUUAUGGGAUGGGAUUGAUUUUUCUUUUGUUUAACUGAAAGAUUCCUCAAUCCAAUCCCAGAGAUGGUGGUGCUGUGAGGGGGAUUCCUUGAUUUUCUUUUUGUUUCAACGAUUUUUUGAAAUUUUUUAGAGGUGGAUGAGGGAAAUCUGGUGCUGGGUCUCUAGUUUUGUGUUUGGAACGUGUUUAAUCUUCAUUCAAGAUUACUGAAGUUGUUUGUUGUUGUUGUUGUUUGUUUAUGGGAACCCCACCAGCGGAGGAGCUUCUGAGGAAGAUCCGAGAGCUGGAGGAGGGUCAAGCCCAUCUCAAGAAAGAGAUGUCCAAACUUCUUCUCUCCGGAACUCCCGCAGAUUCGAAUUCCGAGCACCAAAUCCACCAUCACCAUCACCAUCAGCGCUCGCAAUCAAUCUCGCCGCAGCGCUCCAGAUUUGCUACGGCCAGAAGGAGAGGCGGCGCUUCCGGUGGUUUAGACGCCGCCGCCGCAGCCUGGAAGAAAGGCUCUGCCUCGUUCCGACAUUCUUCCCCACUUCAGAGGGAGAGUAGGACCCGUGACCCUUUGAAUGCCGGCGGCGGCGGCGGCUGCUCUGGCCCCGCCGCGGUGAAUUUCACCAAUAAGCAGUAUCUGAAUAUCUUGCAGUCAAUGGGACAGUCUGUUCAUAUUUUUGACCUUAAUUGUCGCAUAAUUUAUUGGAACCGAGCUGCCGAAACUGUGUAUGGAUAUUCUGCAGCGGAGGCUCUGGGCCAGGAUGCCGUCGGGCUUCUCGUAGAUCCCGAAGACUUUGCCAUUGCGAAUGAUGUACUCCGUUUUGUCACGGCGGGGGAGAAUUGGACUGGCCAGUUCCCUGUAAAGAACAAGAUGGGGCAGAAGUUUGUAGUUGUUGCAAAUAACUCUCCGUUCUACGACGAUGGCGCAUUGGUCGGGAUUAUCUGCGUAUCGAGCGAUUCACGACCAUUUCAAGAAUUGAAGAUUCCUCUAGCAGUUGGUUCAAAACAGCAGGAUGGAGCAGAUUCGAGCCUGGUCCGAUCAAGAAGCACUGUUUCAACUAAACUUGGUCUUGAUCCUCAGCAGCCUCUUCAAGUGGCUAUUGCUUCAAAGAUAUCGAAUUUGGCAUCAAAGGUAAGCAACAAAGUGAAGUCCAAGAUUCGAACUGGAGAAAACAGCUCGGAUCGUGAAGGUGGAAGUGGAGAUAGUUAUCACUCUGAUCAUGGCUUUCCAGAUGCAGUUCUUUGUGACCAUCGGGAGGAUGCAAAUUCGAGUGGAGCUAGCACACCUCGUGGAGAUUCGACAGCACACGGUGCAUUUUCCCAAAUUGAAGAGAAGUGCUCUGGCAAACUGGUGAGGGAUUCCGGUGAUGAGGUUAAAGGAAAACCUACAAUCCAGAAGAUCUUAUCCUCAAAAGCAGAAGAGUGGAUUGCUAAGAAGGGCUUAUCGUGGCCGUGGAAAGGGACCGAGCAGGAAGGAUCUGAAGCAAGGACUGCCCGUUUCGUUUGGCCCUGGGUACAAAAUGAUCAAGAAGCCGAACCGGGCAACCAUAAGAGUUUCUCUUCAGCUGGGAAACUAGAAAUGCAGCAAAACGACGGUCAUCGAGCAGGCAACAACGAAGCCUCGGGGUCCUGGUCAUCGUUCAAUGUUAACAGCACUAGCAGUGCCAGUAGCUGUGGAAGUACCAGCAGCAGUGCUGUUAACAAGGUUGACAUGGAAACCGACUGCUUGGAUUAUGAAAUAUUGUGGGAAGACCUUACAAUUGGGGAGCAAAUAGGGCAAGGUUCUUGUGGAACCGUCUAUCAUGCGCUGUGGUAUGGAUCAGAUGUUGCCGUUAAAGUGUUUUCCAAACAAGAGUAUUCAGAUGAUGUGAUUCUCUCCUUCAGACAGGAGGUAUCCCUGAUGAAAAAGCUUAGGCAUCCCAAUAUUCUUCUCUUUAUGGGAGUUGUGACUUCACCCCAGCGUCUCUGCAUCGUCACGGAAUUCCUUCCACGUGGAAGUUUGUUUCGUUUACUACAGAGGAACUCUGGCAAAUUAGACUGGAGGCGCCGCACUCAUAUGGCUUUGGACAUUGCACGAGGCAUGAACUAUCUUCAUCAUUGUAAUCCACCUAUUAUUCACAGAGAUUUGAAAUCGUCAAAUCUGUUAAUUGAUAAAAACUGGACUGUGAAGGUUGGCGAUUUCGGUCUAUCUCGUCUCAAGCGCGACACUUAUCUAACAACUAAGACCGGGAAGGGAACGCCUCAAUGGAUGGCGCCCGAAGUUCUUCGUAACGAUCCCUCUGAUGAGAAGUCUGACAUAUACAGUUUUGGAGUCAUAUUGUGGGAGCUUGCGACCGAGAAGAUCCCUUGGGAAAAUCUCAAUUCAAUGCAGGUAAUCGGUGCUGUGGGGUUCAUGAACCAACGACUUGAAAUCCCCAAAGAUGUGGAUCCACAAUGGGCUUCUAUAAUUGAAAGCUGCUGCAACAGCGAACCCGCAAACCGGCCUUCAUUCCAGGUUCUGAUAGAUAGGCUCAGAGAGUUGCAGAGGAAGUAUGCAAUUCAAUUACAGGCAGCUCGUUCUGGUGGAGAUAACAACCACCCUCAAAAGGAAACAUAGAACCACCAAUUUUUUUGGUUUAAUUAUUUUUCCCCAUCAUACCCAUUGCCAACUGAAGAAGAAGCCAAGACAAGUUGUAUAAAAGGUUUUCAACUGGUUCAGCAGAUUGUUUGAAGUUUGAACCACAAAGUUGAAUGUAAGUUGAUGGGUGGAGGAGGAUUUUGCCAUUUGAGAAAGGAAAAAGACAGACUUCUUCUCAGAGUGGCAGUGUUUCAUAUCAACUGGGCAGAGCUUGGUGGUGGCAUUUUUUUUUUCUUCCUCUUUUCUAAAAGUAAAAGUGUCAAAAUAAACAACUUUUUUUUUUCUUUUUUCUUAUUAGGUGUCGGUAGUGCUGUUUGAUUGGGCAUAAUCAAAUGUCUCCCACUUGCUUCAUUUGCUGUAAAUGAGUUUCGGACCACUUGUCAAAAGUUGUACAAAGAUCACCAUUUUUUGAGAGUUUAAUUAUUAUAACAUAAAUGCUCUUGCUUUCCUUUCUUA